AUGACGUCCCGUAUGGCAACAAGCCGCGGCGCCCUCAAACCCUAUGCACGGCCGGUCAACCGUUGCGGACGUUCCAUGACCACCCGCGGAGCGUCCAAUCGAAGCGUCAUCCGCGAGCUCAAGGACCUCAAUAAACAGCUCGUGAGCCUCGUGGGUCUCGUGGGCGCCGCCGUCGAUGCGGUCGAUCAGAUUCGUACCGUGAACGGACAGCGUGAGGACAUGCGUUGUGCGGUGGCAACGGCAAUGCCAGCCCGCCCGGCGUGCCAAACACGCCCCCCUGAAGAUCCGGAAGAAAAUGACCUCCCCGUUGACGAGAAGGUCCGUUGGCUGCCCCCCGGGAACACGCCGUCGCUCAUCUACCUGGGUCGGGCUCUUGACCAGAACGACUUGACCGUCGUGCACUCGUGGUACCGGCGCCUCGAGAGCCGCGUCCGGAACCAUGCCCGCUACAGUAUUGUGGAAUACCACCGCCUGCUGGGCAACCGCAAUCGCGUCGAGAUCCGUGAGUCUCUGCCGCACGGCUUCCUCGACGGCUGGGUGCGAACCCACUGGGAUGACGCAUUCUCGUACUAUGCCCCGGCGGUGCCGGCCGCAGCGUGGCCCGUGCAACUCAAACUGCACAUCAAUCCGAGCCAAUAUAUCUUCAUCGUCGCUAUCGUGUUCGAUGACAACGUCGGCCCUCGUCCAUGUCAAGACCCCAAUAUCUUGCAGGCCUUCUAUCCGGCCAACGUCACCACCAUGCUUGAUUUGUCGUCCCUCUUCUGGGAAAAAGCUCAACUGCUUUCCCAGACUCGCGACCUGGACAAGUAUGCUGGCGCCAUUCUCGAAAUCAGCACCGAGUUCCGCACGCAAUGGGACGAGGCCAGCAGCGACCUCUCCGACCGCAUCUACGAUGCCCCCCGUCAGAAGGCGCUGAUGGACAUGGUUGAACGCGAGAAGAGAGUGAGCAGAGCUGUAGUGGCCGUCGUCGAAAAUCCGGCCAAGGCGGACCAGUUGUGGGAAAAGCUGGCGACCGUGGUGGACCAAGGCCGCGAGGAGUGGGCGGUGGCUUCGUACGUGCUGCGCGGAGCCAUCUGCCACCAGUUGUCGAGCGCCGAAUCCAUCAACACCGACCCGGUGAAGAUGUUUGAAGACCCAUUCACCGGGGCGCUGUUGGCAUAG